AUGUUAAUCUACAAGGCACCAUCGUGCGCAAGCGCACAAAACAGCCGUCAGCGGGGAACCGACUCAUCAUCGCCGUGGCGUGCCGCAGAUCUUCGGAUUGAAGCCAAAGAAGAAGACGGGACGUCAAACAUCGACUAUGACGAGGAAAACAAGGUGGUCCGCAUUCCUUUAUCGGCGCUGGGUCCCGAGGGCCAGCGCCGAACCAAACUUGUGCUCUUCACGUGCAACAAAUGCGGUGGCCGUACGGCAAGGCUAGUGAAUCCUAUCGCUUGGGAUAAGGGUGCAGUGUUCGGGCAAUGCGCAAAGUGCGCGGCUCCGGGCAAGGACCGCUCACACGGCACACGGCUGUAUGCACUGCGUGUUGCACGAGUGCGCCUGGGUCUUCCAGACCCAUAA